CUGCGCGCUCGCAGUAGUCUGUGAGUCCCUUCCCCCCUCGGCCUGGCUGCUGAUGAGAUGAGUGGAAGAUGUCGGUGUCGGGGCUGAAGGCCGAAUUAAAGUUCCUGGAGUCAAUUUUUGACCCAAACCAUGAACGAUUCAGAAUAAUCGACUGGAAGCCUGAUGAACUGAGCUGCCAGUUCAAUGUGACGGGAGAAAAGCUGCUGAUUAUUCACUGCAACAUCACGGAGUCUUACCCUUCAACCCCACCAAUAUGGUUCGUUGAUUCAGAUGACCCAAGUCUGACUGAAGUCCUUGAACGACUGGAGGAUGUCAGAAAAGGCAAUACUUUGCUCCUACAGCAGCUGAAAAGGCUGAUCUGUGAUUUAUGCCGACUCUAUAACCUGCCCCAGCAUCCUGAUGUGGAGAUGCUGGAUCAGCCACUUCCUGCUGGACCAAUCGGUCAAGACAAGAAGCAUGGAACAACAGAUGAAGUGACAUCAGAAGAAGAGGAGGAAGAGGAAAUGGCAGAGCAGGAUAUUGAAGAUCUAGACCACUAUGACAUGAAAGAGGAGGAACCGGUCGAUGGGAAAAAGUCAGAGGACGAUGGCAUCGAGAAAGAGAAUCUGGCCAUUCUGGAGAAAAUCCGAAAAAACCAGAGGCAGGACCACUUGAACGUAAGUGUGCAUUCGGGUGCGGUGUCCGGUUCAGUUCAGGCCUCUGACCGCCUCAUGAAGGAACUCAGGGAGAUCUAUAGAUCACAGAGUUAUAAGACAGGUAUCUAUUCAGUGGAGUUAGUCAAUGAUAGCCUGUAUGAGUGGCAUGUCAAGUUAAGGACGGUUGACCCAGACAGUCCGUUACACAGCGACUUGCAGGUUUUGAAGGAAAAAGAAGGCAUGGACUACAUUCUGCUCAAUUUCUCUUAUAAAGAUAACUUUCCUUUUGAUCCUCCCUUUGUACGGGUUGUGUCUCCUGUCCUGUCUGGAGGCUAUGUUCUUGGAGGAGGAGCCUUGUGUAUGGAGCUACUUACAAAACAGGGCUGGAGCAGUGCCUACUCAAUAGAGUCAGUCAUCAUGCAAAUCAAUGCCACCUUAGUCAAAGGGAAAGCCAGAGUGCAGUUCGGAGCAAAUAAGAAUCAAUACAACCUUGCCAGAGCACAACAGUCAUAUAAAUCAUUGGUUCAGAUUCAUGAAAAGAAUGGCUGGUACACACCUCCUAAAGAAGAUGGCUAGGAAACGCAUUGAUCCGCUUGCACACUGCAAACAUGGGAUAUCUGGUCAAACCUUUGCUUUAUUUUACUAAUGUUUUCACAUCUUCAGCUUGAGUAUGAUGCCCCCUCGUGUUAGUGGAAGCCAUUGGGGAAACGUUUGCCCUCUCGCUGUCUGGAAUGCUCAGAAAUUUGCAUCGUCCUUUAUCUUCUGCAAGGCUGGACUUUUUGACCAGAUCCCAUGAUGUCUGGAUUUCUGUCUGUUUCUCAUGCUCUCUCUCUCUCUCUCUCUCUCUCUCUCUCUCUCUCUCUCUCUCUCUCUCUCUCUCUCUCUCUCUCUCAUCUAUUGUCUUCUAUACCGAUGGGACAUUCAGAGCCUUGGUACUAAUAAGGCAUCUAACAUGGCGUUUCCGAAUGGUGUGAUCAGAAGUUUUUUUUUUUCCUCUCUCUCCUUUUUGUUGCUUCCUCACUUUGACUGGAGCAUGGCUCUGUUCAGGAUUAUUACAUAGAUGGAGAUGCUCAAUGAAGAUGCUGGAUCUGAUCCUCUCUGUCUGCUUUUAAAGGACGUUCUUAUGGCCAUGGACUUUAAAUGGUGGUUUACUGAACUUAAAACAGGAUAUGGAUGCAACUAGAGACAAUGUGAAGACAAUGUGCCACUGCUCUUGUAUCUAUCAAGACUUUUGUUCCCCUCAUGCAUUCUGAGUUAACCUGUACUGGUACAUUCAAUGCUGAUGUUGUCAAAAAAUCGUUACUUGCCACAAUUAUAUGCGUAAGCUUCCUAAGCAACUCUUAUGUUAAUGAUGAUAACUGCAAGGAUGAGAGGAAGGGCGAUUAUACGACCCUAGCCCCAAAUCUCGUUUUUCCAGCUAAUGAUGAAUUCCACUCAGUGGCUGAUCUGACCAAUAAUGGACAAAUGCGAGCUUUGGCUUUGAAAAAGCGAAGCAGAACUUGCUGUCGCUCCAUAGUUGAACAGAGCUCCACUUGUAUACUUGUAAAUGGAUUUGAGGAGUCUUAAAUGUGGUGUUUAUGUGAAGUGGGGGAAUUAUCCGAGUUGUUCUCAUGUGAGGACUUGGGGACUCGAAAUGGGGGAAAAGGUUGAUGUUUCUCAAAAUAAAGGGGGUAAUAUCUUAAAAAUUGUAUUUAUGUAAGUGAUAUGAACAUAACGUUUUUGUUCCCACCCUUAAUUGUCAUUUUCAUAAUUUCUGCUCCAUUAAAAAACAGCUGUUACAGAUUGA